AUAUCCAUUGGAAAACCUUUUUUCAUUUUUAAAAGGCAUCAAUCUUUAGUAACUUAAAGGAGAAUGAGUUUGACUCUGAAGUUGCUGAUUCUGCUUCUACUUGUCUUGAGAUCACAUCAUGUUGACUCUGGCUCUGUCGUCAAGUUUCUACCUGGUUUUGAAGGCCCUCUUCCUUUUGAACUCGAAACCGGAUAUAUUGGUCUUGGUGAGGAAGAGGAAGUGCAAUUGUUCUACUAUUUCAUCAAAUCUGAGAAGAAUCCACAAGAAGACCCUCUUCUUAUUUGGUUAACUGGAGGACCUGGAUGCUCUUCUCUUUUUGCUCUUCUUUUUGAAAACGGACCUCUGGCUUUGAAGUUCGAGGUUUACAAUGGAAGUCUCCCUUCUUUGGUCUCUACUUCAUAUUCAUGGACAAAGAUGGCGAAUAUAAUAUUCUUGGAUCAGCCUGUUGGAGGUGGCUUCUCCUACUCAAAAACUCCACUUGCUAAUAAAGUUAGUGACACAGGUGAAGUUAAGAUUAUUCAUGAGUUUCUUCAAAAGGUAAUAAUAGACAAACUUCAAUUUAUCUUAGUGUGGUUUACUAGAGUGUUUUUAAGAGUGUCUAAUUUUUUUGUGGGUUUUGCGCAGUGGCUAAGCAAGCAUCCAGAGUUUUUCUCCAACCCUUUUUACGUGGCCGGAGAUUCAUAUUCCGGUAUGAUUGUUCCGCCCCUCGUACAAGAAAUCUCAAAAGGAAACUAUCUAUGUUGCAAACCUCUAAUAAAUCUACAGGGUUAUAUUCUUGGUAACCCGAUAACAGAUAUUGAAUCAGAACGCAACUAUUACAUUCCAUAUGCUAAUGGAAUGGCACUAAUCUCGGAUGAACUCUAUGAGUCAAUGAAAAGAAUCUGCAAAGAAAAUUAUGAAAAUGUGGAUUCACGUAACACAGAAUGCUUAAAACUCACUGAAAUAUAUCAUAAGUGUACUGACAAACUAAAUAUAUACCAUAUAUUACUACCAGAUUGCGAUAUGACAUCUCCUGAUUGCUUUCUAUAUAAGUACCUUCUCCUUAGCAAGUGGGCCAACGACGAGAGAGUUCGCGAAGUUCUUUUAGUCAAUAAGGGGAGUAUAGGUGAAUGGAGGCGAUGUAAUUACGAUAUUAUUCCUUACAAUUACGACAUUAAAAGCACCGUACCAUACCAUAAGAAUAAUAGCAUUAACGGCUUCCGAUCUCUAAUAUACAGUGGUGAUCAUGAUAUGGUGGUGCCUUUCAUGGCAACUCAAGCCUGGAUAAGAUCUCUCAAUUACUCCAUCAUUGAUGACUGGAGGCCUUGGAUGGUUAACGACCAAAUCGCUGGAUACACAAGAACUUAUGCCAAUAAGAUGACAUUUGCUACUGUCAAAGGAGGUGGACAUACGGCAGAGUAUAAACCAAACGAGACAUUUAUCAUGUUCCAAAGGUGGAUCAGUGGCCAGCCUUUGUAAAAAUGAGAUUUAUGGCCUUUAAGUAUAAAGAAUAAAAUAUUCAACAUGAAAUGUUUGAAGAUUAUCUUGUUAUCAAGGUUUAUGUAUCAAAAAAGGCCACACUUUUUUUUUAGACUUCUAAUGUAGAAAGGUCGGUCGUGUAAACAUCAAUCAGGUUGGAGGGUUUUAUGACUAGAACCUACUAGGUUUUUUUUUUUUUAUUAUUUUUUUUUUUAAGGUUGUGAGGCUUGUAAAGAAAUAUUUUGAUCUUGAGGAGAACAUUUUGGUCAUUUUGGUUUAAGAGUA